GUUUUAAAACAAUAUCGUUCAUUUCUAUAAUUAAAAUAAUGGACUUGCUUACACUACAUUGACCUCGUAUAUUAUAAUGUAUAUUUUUUUCCGGGGAAUUAUAGAAUGCUCUGAAUUAAGAAUAAAAACAAAAAAGGGUUUUCCCCUAGUUUAUUUUUCAUCUUGGAUGUCCAAGGUUUUCCUUGAUAUUCUUUAUCAAUGCAAUAUAUUAUAUACUUUCGUUUGGGAUUUUGUUAUUGAUAACGUGGUGUGCGGAAUAUAUAAUUUGAUGUUUUUGUGUAUAUAAGCAGCUCGAGAGUUUUAAUUGUUUAUUAUUAUGAGGUAAUUCACCUGCUGUAAAAUGAAGACGAUAAUUUUAUUUGCCUUUUUAAUUUUCGCGAUUGCACAAAUCCAGUGCCAAAAAGGUCUUUGUGGUCCAAAUGAGCAAUUUAUAGAAUGCAAAUCUUGUUGUAAAGAACCAACGUGCCAGCAGAGAAUCCCUCCUAGAUGUGAUAUUUGCCCUGCAAUAUGCCGUACAGGCUGUGUUUGUCUACCAGGAUACAUCAGAAAGUCCGAAAAUGGGCCGUGUGUACAAAGAUGUCACAUUAGAAGGGAUAAGUAGUUGUAAUAAUAAUAUAGGGAGUAAAUAACAAUAUCGUAUUUGAAACAAAAUGUAUGUUAAUUUGGUUUAUAUAAAUUGUGACAGUUAAAGAACUUCUGGUUAAAAAUAAAUUUUAAAAUAAAUAAAAAAAA